CUCACUUGAAAAAAAAACGCGAAAUGCAAUGCAGAAAUGGCUCAAACACAACCUGCAUAGGUGUGAACCUAGCCUUAAAGUGUUCCUAAACCCUGGACCCUGCAUUCAUUAUAUCCUCUCUCCCCGGACCCUGCAUUCACUAUAUCCGCUCUCCCUGGACCCUGCAUUCACUAUAUCCGCUCUCCCCGGACCCUGCAUUCACUAUAUCCGCUCUCCCUGGACCCCGCAUUCACUAUAUCCGUUCUCCCCGGACCCCGCAUUCACUAUAUUCGCUCUCCCCGGACCCCGCAUUCACUAUAUCUGCUCUCCCCGGACCCCGCAUUCACUAUAUCUGCUCUCCCUGGACCCUGCAUUCACUAUAUCUGGUCUCCCCGGACCCUGCAUUCACUAUAUCCGGUCUCCCCAGACCCCGCAUUCACUAUAUCUGGUCUCCCCGGACCCUGCAUUCACUAUAUCCGCUGUCCCCGGACCCCGCAUUCACUAUAUCCGCUCUCCCCAGACCCCGCAUUCACUAUAUCUGGUCUCCCCAGACCCUGCAUUCACUAUAUCCGGUCUCCCCAGACCCUGCAUUCUCUAUAUCCGCUGUCCCCGGACCCUGCAUUCACUAUAUCUGGUCUCCCCGGACCCUGCAUUCACUAUAUCUGGUCUCCCCGGA